CAGGGAAGUGAAAAUGAUGCCUGAAGAGUGAGACACUUGUUUGAGACAGAUACAGAGUGUGAAAUAGAUACUGCUCAAGCCAAACGUGGUCAGAGAACCACCAUGGCCUGUGCCGAUGUUGACAUGGACAUCCAUGGAGAUAAUGAGGACCCACAUAGAGCAGGUUGGAGAGAGCCACCGAGAAUACAGCAAUACCAAGCUUCAGAGUUUGUACCAGAAAAAGAAGGGCCGCUGCAUAACCUGCUGCAGAAACAACCUGCUGUGUUGGGGUCUCUGCAGAUGGUGAGCGGUCUCCUCAGUGUUGGAGUGGGACUUAUUUUAGCUGUAACACAAGACAUGGAAGAGUCCUUUUUCACACUGUUCAGAGUUUCCCUCCUGACUGGAGCACUUUUCAUCAUUGCGGGAAUUGUUUCCAACCUGUUGUUCAAAUGUCCAAGAUUACUACCUGUGUCCAUCAUGGUCAACUGUGGCUCUAUUAUCAUGGCAGUAAUUGCAUGCUGUCUGAUAAGUGUUGACCUGUCUAACUGGAAUCCAGGAAAUGAUCAGCAUAUGAGGAUGGAGCUGCUUGUGCUUUUUGUGUUGGUGCUUGAGGUUCUUCUCUCUGCAACCCUCUGCUUCUGGUUCUUCCAAGAGAAACGUGCCAAAUCACCAUGACCAAGUUGUUUUAACUAUUUGAGAGGACAUCUGAGAAUUUAAUACUUUAAAUGAACUGUUUGAGGACCAUGGGGCUGCAUGUUAGUGCUGAAAGGAAGUGACUGUGUUAGCAUAUGUUUUAUGUUUUUUGUACAUUGUGUGGCUUUCUGUAGUGUUUCAAUUACCUAUAUUAGAGUUGAAAAACUCUUCAACAGCCUAGGCUGUGGUCUGAUCUGAUGUUUGACUUGGACUGAGAAUACAAAACUUGUGGUAAACAAAAUGUCAGCUUCUCUCAUGUGAAAAAAACCCCACUUCUUUAUCCUCCUCAGUCUCUGUGUAACGGUAGCAGUGGGUCUCAUAGGGCUGUUCUAUCCGUCAGUCCGCAAGGGUCUUGUGUGUGGUUUUACACUCGUGCUUGGUUAUCAGUGGAAAUAUCUGCAACUUGUUUUCAGCUGCAUUCACACUUUCAGCCGGUUUCACAUUUAGAAUGCUUUACUGAACUAUGAAGGAUUUGUUUAUUGUUGGUUGGUUUUUGUUUUCAGCCGAUGCAAUCAGUAGCCACUUAGUUGACUUAAAGUCAAUCUUAACUGUGCCAAAGAAAUCAAUACAACAAAAUGUUUUA